UUUAAAGAGAGGCAUUUUCUCUGGCAACAAUGGCACGGCCGAUUUUUGUUGGAAACUUUGAGUUCGAGACUCGCCAAUCUGAGUUGGAACGCCUCUUCAGCAAGUACGGACGAGUGGAGCGAGUCGACAUGAAAUCUGGAACUUCUAAGGAAAAUUGAGCUUCUAUCUUGGCUCGUCAACUUCUCUGCAAAACAUUUCUUGCUUGCCUGCUCUCCUUCCACUCACAGAUGGAAGUAUUCUGCAUUUUCUUCACAUGACCAUCCGUCACUCACCCACUACACCGCCCAAAGUUGCCAUUUCUCAAGAAUGGUCGUGGGGGGAUCAAUCAAUUUAUUAUGCCAUGUCUACCACUACUGAUAAUAGGGGGAUCAAUGAAAUCUGUCUUGCCAUGCCUUCCAUUUCUGAACUUGUGCUGUAUGAAUGGCGAAGCAUGCUUAGCACUGACAUCUCAGACCUGAAACUUUGGAUUUAAAACUCUAAAUUGUCAACAUGUUGAUUUAGUUCAUCAUGCAACGCUUCUACAUCCUUAUGUGCAUCAGCCAUCAAGUUUAUGCAGGUUUUGCGUUUGUUUAUUUUGAGGAUGAACGUGAUGCAGCAGAUGCCAUACGUGGACUUGACAACAUAUCAUUUGGAUAUGACAGGCGCAAGUUGUCAGUGGAGUGGGCUAGGGGUGAACGUGGUCGGCAUCGUGAUGGAUCCAGAUCAAUGGCAAACCAAAGGCCAACUAAGACCCUCUUUGUAAUUAAUUUUGAUCCUAUUCACACAAGGGUUGAAGAUAUAAAGAGACAUUUUGAGCGAUAUGGAGAGGUUCUUCAUGUCAGAAUUCGGAGGAACUUUGCAUUUGUGCAGUUUGAGACACAGGAAGAUGCUACCAAAGCUCUCGAGUGUACACACAUGACCAAGAUAUUGGACAGGGUUGUUUCUGUUGAGUAUGCUUUGAGGGAUGACAGUGAGAGGGGAGAUAAAUCUGAUAGCCCCAGAAGAGGAAGUCAUUAUGGGAGGUCUCCAAGUCCUGUGUAUCGCAGGCGACCUAGUCCAGACUAUGGUAGGGCUCGCAGCCCAGUGUAUGAUAAGUACAAUGGCCCAUCUUAUGACAGGCGUAGAAGUCCUGAAUAUGGUAGGGAUCAGAGUCCUGAGUAUGGUAGAUACCGCAGUCGAUCACCAGUUCGAAGAUCACGAACAUGAGGAGGCACCACCUUACUGAAGAAGUGUGCUGGUUCUAUGUGCAAUUCUAUCUGUCAUGUGGAGAGCAACAAUUUGGCAAUAGUACUCUAGAUUUUUUCCUUUUUUGUAUGCAGACAAAAGGGCUUUGGAUUAGAGUAGGAGUUGAAAUGUUUGAAUGGCAUUAGUAGAUAUAAUUAAUCUUUACAUUCAUACCGAGUUCAGUAGAUAAUGAAAGUGUACUUUGAAUUCUUUUCAAUUUGUUAUGAAUGAGCUUCCUUACUAAAA